AUGUCGUCUGGUUGGCAGCAUCACUUGUGUUUGGCCUUGUGUGUGUUGACAAUGGUGGGGCGAAUUUUGUGGAAUGUGGGUGCUGGUCUGGUGCAUCGUGCGCUAAACAAGGCUCAUAUCCGCCCAGGCAUGGGCAUCACCUACCCUUCCGUUUGGCGUGCGCGGCCUGGUUUCCUGGACUGCGACAUUAACCUGCAUUUGAACAAUGCGUCCUACCUCUCCAACAUGGAGUUGGCGCGAUGGCACUUUUGCGCGGUGACGGGUAUUUUAGGCAACAUAGCUCGCCAACGCAGAGCGUUACUGGUAGCCUCGCAGGCCGUUCGGUUCCGCCACCCAAUUCCACCAUUCCGCCCGUACGAGAUUCGGUCGCAACUCGUAUUCGCCGACGCGGAGUGGAUGUAUUUUUUGCACAAGUUUCAAUGCCCUACGACCGGUAAAUUGUACGCCGAGGGGCUAUGCCGCGCCAGUUGCAGGCAGGACGAGGAAAAUAUUUCCGCAGCCAAGUUGUACGCCGAGGUUUUCCGUGGCGACGUCGACGAGUUGCGUGGCCUGCCUAAGGACAUGCCCGAUGUGGUCGUGCGGUUGCUGGAAUGGGACUCCUCGCAGCGCAUCAUGUUGGAAGCUCCCGCAGAGGCGGAGCGGCGCCAGGGCGAGACGGCCAUGCCAUCCGCCGUGGCACUGGCCUCGGGUGACAGCAAUCUGUUCAAGAAAUUGCUGGCACGUGCAACAUCCUCCUGGAACUUGCCGAUGUGA